AUGACAAGCUCACAAUUCAUAGAGUUUCUUUCAUGUGUGAAGGAGAGAACAAAGGAGAUUCAGCUUCUUUCAACAAGGACAGAUGCAGUAAAUGCAUUGAAGUCUCGGUAUCUGGAAAGCGGGCUAGACCAUGCCCUCCAGCAGGACAUUAUAGAUAAGUUCAAGAUGCACAGCCUGGCAUUCCACACAAGAUGCAGCGAGAUCAAGACCGCCAUAGAGGAGACCAAAGGCAAGUACUUCCAGAGCGCUACAUUGCAUACCAAUAUGGAGUGGCAUAUUGUGGUGCUCUACACGCAGCUGAAAGACCAGUCCAAGAAGUUCCUAGAUGCAAAGUCAUCCUUCUUAAAGGCAAUUGACGAAAAGGAGACAGCGCAUAGCAGUAUUAUUUCUAGGGGAAGAAAAGAAGAUUCAGACGAGCAUAUGCUAGAAAAUAGCGAUGACAACGAUGCAGGUGCUUCUCCACAUGCAGAUCGAUCUGAUACUGGUAAAAACAUCCAAAACAUUCUUGCCUCUCUCAAUGAUCUCAACACAACUUUUAUUGAGCUAAAUGAGAUCAUAAGCAGCGCGUCUUUUGAGAUAGAGGGGGCUGCUGCAAAAAGCUUCUAUAAUCGAAAUGCCACAAUUGGGGUAAACACGCAAAUAGAAACUUCAAUAGUGCGCCGGAAGAGAAGGCGGUGGCUCAAAACCGCAUUUCUUGUUUUGCUUGCAAUAGUAUGUUCAGUAGUAGUAAUAAUAUUCGGACAGACUAUUUUAGACUUUAUCAUCAAGCUAAAAGGCGCAAUAAAAUAG